CUUAUCCCUACGUUCGGGAGUAGGGUUGGAAUAAAGGCGGAAUUAUUGAAGUUCCAGUUCCAGGCACUUGAAACUGCUUCCCGCUGGCGUGAAACCCCGAUCAAUUCAUUCCUUUAUUAAGCCAUCUCUCCCCUCCACCUUUCGCUUUCUCACCAAGAUGAUGGAGUUGUCCUCCUCCUCCUUCGACUCCGGUCACCACCGGAGAGACAGGCUGGACUCGGCGAUCAUGUCCACGAUCAGCGGCCGUGGCGCCAGAGUCGACCCCGGCACCGGCGGCGCGAAGACCAUCGAGGAGGAUUUCUCCCUUCCGAUCCUCCUCGCCGAGCGGGUCCGCAAGGCCGUGGGCGAGGCCGAGUCCUUCAAGUCCGAGUGCGCCGAGUUGGGCCGCCAAGCCGACCUCCUCGCCGGCAUGCUCCGUGCCGCCGUCCGCCGCCUCUCAGCCAUCCCCAACCCGUACGAGCGCCCGGCCCGCCGCAUCGCUGCCCAGACCUCCAAGUCCCUCGACCGCGCCCUCUCCCUUGCCCGCCGAUGCCGCCGCGCCGGCGUGAUCCGUCGCGUCGUCUCCAUCACCACCGGCUCCGCCGACUUCCGCAAGGCCCUUGCCCUCCUCGACGCCUCCCUCGGCGAUCUCCGCUGGCUCCUCUCCAUCUACUCCUUCGACGACCUCUCCGACGGUGGCGGAGGCGGCGGCGGCCUCGUCCUCUCCCUCCCCCCCAUCGCCUCCACCGACCCCAUCCUCUCCUGGGUCUGGUCCUGCGUCGCAGCCGUCCAGAUGGCCGCCCGCCCCUCCGACCGCGCCGAGGCCGCCACCUCCCUCGCCAACCUCGCCCUCGACAGCCGCCGCAACAAGAAGAUCAUCAUCGAGGAGGGCGGCGUCCCGCCGCUGCUCGCCCUACUCCGCGACGGCGCCGCCUCCCUCGACGCCCAGAUCGCUGCCGCCGCCGCCCUCACCAACCUCUCCGCCGACUGCGAACUCGUCUCCCUCAUCGUCGCGGACCUCGCCGUCCCCGUCGUGGUCCAGGUCCUCGCCGACGCCCCGAUGCGCCUCCAAGCCCGCCUAGCCGUCCUUGUCGCCCGGAUGGCCGCCCACGACCCCGUCGCCCAGGAGGAGUUCGCCCGCGAGAACGCCAUCCGCCCCCUGGUCUCCCUCCUCUCCUUCGAGCUUCCCCUCGACGACGCCUCCCCCAAUUCCAAGAAGCCCACCAGUCUCCACUCCCUCGUCCGGAUCAAUCGCGAGUCCGCGGCCAAUUCCCCUAAUCUCCCAAACGGGAAAGGCGUCUUGGCCUCUCGCGACCAGCACCCCCACCCCCCCUACUACUACUACCACCACCACCGCAAGGAGAGAGAGAACGAGAGCCCCGAGGUGAAGCUCCAGCUCAAGGUGGCGUGCUCCGAGGCCCUGUGGAUGCUCUCGCGGAAUUGCGUUUCGAACAGCCGCAAGAUCACUGAGACCAAGGGCCUGCUCUGCCUCUCCAAGCUCCUUGAGCGGGAGAAAGGCGAGCUUCAGUUCAAUUGCCUGAUGACAGUGAUGGAGAUUGCCACCGCUGCCGAGUCCGACGCCGACCUCCGCCGCUCGGCUUUCAAGAUGAACUCUCCGGCCGCCAAAUCGGCUGUGGAGCAGCUCCUGAGGGUAGCGCAGGAGGGGAGCAGUCCGUCGCUCCAGAUUCCAGCCAUUAAGUCUCUUGGCUCAUUGGCACGGACUUUCCCUGCCCGGGAGACUCGGGCCCUGCGGCCGCUUGUUGCUCAGCUCGGACAUUGGAAUCCAGAUGUGGCUGCCGAGGCAGCAAUUGCUUUAGGGAAGUUUGCCAGCCCUGAGAAUUUUCUCUGCGUGGAGCACUCCAAGGCUAUCAUGGAGUUUGAGGGGGUGCCUCCAUUAAUGAGACUGCUGCGGCCGGGCGAGAAGGCUCAGUUGCCGGGGCUGGUUCUGCUCUGUUACUUGGCAUUGCAUGUACCCAGCAAUGAAGCUCUGGAACGUGCAAAAGCAUUGGGGACUCUCGAGUCGGUCAGUCGUAGUGCUGUGGCGCAGCAUGCUUCUCUGAAAGAGUUGCUUCCCAAAGCUAUAUACCAGCUUGAGCUUUACCGUGCUGAAGGGCAUACUCGCAUAGAUAUAGACCAAGAUUCACUGUGAGUUUUGCUUUCACUGCCCUUGUUUUCUUUGUUUCGCCACAUGAACUUCGAUCUUGGAAUAUUGGAACCCGCUGCUAUAAAUGAGCUUGACUCUUUGGGUUCAAUGUACAUCGUAGAAUGUUGUGCUUGUUAAGACAAUGCAAUGCUCCCAUCCAUUCACAUCUCCUGUAUUGAAUUUUUAGGCAGCGACAACUUGUUAAAUGCUUUUUUCCUUUCCUUUUCCCCCUCAAGAUUUCUAUGUUGAUGAAACUGAAAUUCGUUGAGGAUUUGGAGGAUAUAUUUUCUCUCA